UGUUGUGCUGUUGCUCCGAGCCAAAGGGGAAGGUCCUGAGACAGGCCGAGACAAGAGGAGUCCACACAGACAGACAGAGACAGACAGACACAGACAGACAGACCAGAGGUGCCACUGCAGUGCCCAGUCAAAGCCAUGGUUUGCAUAAAGGUUUGGUGUAUUUUAUGGAUGGGAGCUCUGAUUUCCCAAACACAGGCCUAUAGUGAUUUCUUCACCUCGAUCGGACACAUGACAGACCUUUUAUACACUGAAAAGGAUUUGGUAACCUCACUGAAAGAUUACAUCAAGGCUGAAGAGACCAAACUUACUCAAAUCAAACAGUGGGCAGCAAAACUGGAUGAACUUACUGAGAUGGCUACAGAGGAUCCUGAAGGGUUCCUUGGACACCCAGUGAAUGCUUUUAAACUGGUCAAGCGAUUGAACACUGAGUGGCAGGAACUGGAGAAUUUGGUCCUCAAGGAUAUGUCAGAUGGAUUUAUUUCAAACCUUACCAUUCAGAGGCAGCAUUUCCCUGAUGAUCAAGACCAGACUGGAGCGGCAAAGGCUCUAAUUCGCCUUCAGGAUACAUAUAAACUGGACGCAGACACCAUCUCUCAGGGUAACUUGCCAGGUGUGAAGCACAAAACCUCCCUCUCAGCAGAAGACUGCUUCGAGCUGGGUAAAAUAACUUACUCUGAUGCAGAUUAUUAUCACACUGAGCUGUGGAUGGAGCAGUCACUGAGACAGCUGGAUACUGGUGAGAUCUCGACCAUUGACAAGAUUACAGUGCUGGAUUAUCUGAGCUACUCUGUGUAUCAACAGGGAGAUGUUGACAAGGCUCUAGAGCUCACAAAGAGGUUGCUGAAAUUGGAUCCUGAGCACCAGAGAGCAAAUGGAAAUCUGAAAUAUUUUGAGUACAUUAUUGCCCAGCAGAACAGGGACAACGAAGGGUUAAUGCAGAGCACUAACAAAAGCAUUACAACAAAUGUUAAGAAGGAACGUAUCAAUAAUGUGGCACCAGAGAGAGAGAAGUAUGAGAUGCUGUGUCGUGGAGAAGGAAUUAAGUUAACUCCUAAAAGGCAGAAGAAGCUAUUUUGUCGUUAUUUUGAUGGAAAUAAGAAUCCACAGUUCAUUCUGCGACCUAUGAAACAGGAAGAUGAAUGGGACCAGCCUCGUAUUGUGCGUUUCUUGGAUGCCAUUUCUGAUAAGGAAAUUGAACGAGUGAAGGAGAUUGCAAAGCCACGGCUGAGACGAGCCACCAUUUCUAACCCCAUUACGGGAGUUUUGGAGACAGCUCACUACAGAAUAAGCAAAAGUGCUUGGCUGUCUGCAUAUGAAGACCCAGUGAUUAGUCGUAUUAACCAGAGAAUAGAAGCCCUCACAGGGCUUGACGUCUCUACAGCAGAAGAACUACAGGUGGCUAAUUAUGGCGUGGGAGGGCAGUAUGAGCCCCACCAUGACUUUGCACGGAAAGAUGAACCAGAUGCCUUCAAAGAACUGGGCACCGGUAACCGAGUUGCUACCUGGUUAUUUUAUAUGAGUGAUGUGGCAGCAGGAGGAGCUACCGUUUUCCCUGAAGUAGGAGCAGCAGUGUGGCCACAGAAGGGCACUGCAGUGUUUUGGUACAAUCUGUUUGCCAGUGGAGAAGGUGAUUACAGCACACGACAUGCAGCUUGUCCAGUAUUAGUUGGAAAUAAAUGGGUGUCUAAUAAAUGGAUCCAUGAGCGUGGUCAGGAAUUCCGAAGGAGAUGCGGUUUGUCAGAGAUGGAUUGAUGUUCUUCACUGUGAAUGUGUUUAUUCACAUAUGUGUUUUGUAUGUGUGAGCGUGUGAGUGUGAG